AGCACGAGCUCAGUCCCCGACGCCUAGCUCGCGUGCUCGAUCAUUGCGAGAGCGAGACGAGUCCAACGACGCUAUAAUCCUGUAGUAUUGGAUCGCCAUCGAGUGUGCAGUAAAAGAAAGUCAAGCGCAAGUGCUGUUACAUCGCCUCGUCGAAAGUGCUCUUUCAGUGCUGCGAAUAUUCUCCUGUGAACAAGAAAAUACACCAAAGCUAACUGUGAAUAUGCCACUGUCUCUUCCACGCUGCUGCUAGCAAGAACAAAAACGGAACGCUCCGCGCAGGAUUCACGCACUCUUUAGUCGAAACCCGCCCGCUGAUAAAAAGGGCUGUUAAUUGGUGAAGAGUCAAAAAAGAAAAAUCAAAAUGUUUGACGUCUUUGGCUCUGUCAAGGGCUUAUUGAAGCUAGAUGCAGUUUGCAUAGACAAUAAUGUAUUUAGAUUACAUUACAAGGCAACCUUCAUCAUUCUAGUGGCCUUUUCAUUGUUGGUCACGUCCAGGCAAUACAUUGGAGACCCCAUAGAUUGCAUUGUAGAUGAGAUUCCACUACCCGUUAUGGAUACAUACUGCUGGAUUUACUCGACCUUUACCAUUCCAAAUCGCAGUGGCAUAGUGGGCCGAGACAUUGUUCAGCCAGGAGUAAGCUCUCACGUGGAAGGAGAGGAAGUCAAGUACCACAAGUACUAUCAGUGGGUGUGCUUCUGCCUGUUUUUCCAAGCCAUUCUGUUCUAUGUACCUCGCUACCUCUGGAAGACAUGGGAAGGUGGUAGAAUCAAGAUGCUCGUCAUGGACCUGAACUGUCCGGUGGUCAGUGAAGAUUGCAAAACUGAUCGCAGGAAGCUACUGGUCGACUAUUUCGCCACAAACUUGCACUCGCAAAACUUCUACGCCUUCCGAUUUUUCUUGUGCGAGCUUUUAAAUUUCGCGAACGUCGUCGGCCAGAUCUACUUUAUGGACUUUUUCCUGGAUGGCGAGUUCACUACCUACGGCUCGGACGUGGUCAAGUUCACAGAAAUGGAACCGGAGGAGCGCAUGGAUCCGAUGUCGAGGGUGUUCCCGAAGGUAACCAAAUGCACCUUCCACAAGUACGGUGCGUCCGGGACGGUGCAAAAGUUCGACGGUCUGUGCGUACUGCCGCUGAACAUCGUCAACGAGAAGAUCUACGUGUUCCUGUGGUUCUGGUUCAUCAUACUGUCGGUGCUCAGUGGUCUAAGCCUAGCGUACCGCACCGCCGUCGUGGCCGGGCCCAAGUUGCGCCUAAUUCUGUUGCGAGCGAGAUCGCGCUUGUCCACCCAAGAUCAGAUCGAGACAAUUUCCAACAGAUGCCAGAUCGGUGACUGGUUCAUCCUUUACCAGCUUGGCAAGAAUAUCGAUCCGCUUAUCUACAAGCAACUAAUCGCCGACCUCGCCAAAAAGUUCGAGGGCAAAGAGAACGUCUAAGAAGGCAGCGGGAACACUUACUUUCCAAUUUUUCCUUUCAACUCUCUUGCGCGCUCGUGCGCGCCAGGAUCCAGCAUUACAGACACGAAAGAGUGCCAAACGCGCGAGCGCGCUCGAGAAGGAGCUCAUUUGUACGUAGUAAAAUAUAUAAAUUGUGAUAGAUUAGUUCCAGCAGCGAGAGAAAGAUCGAGACGAGGCACGUCAGACAACUCGUCGCUUCGUGGCCGCGGCAGCGCGGCCAAAGAAUGCAACCAUUGUCUGGUACUCGUGUGCUUCGCGCGUUUUCCGAUAGACGGCGGCUGCUCUAAAAGGGAGAGAAACCUUUUUAACGUGAUUUUCUCAUUCUUUGAGAACCUCCGCUGUCUUCCUUCUUCCAGAGAGACCUUUCUCAGUCUCUCUUCCUCCUUAGCCCUCUCCUCGCUCCCUCCCCCUUCGCUUUCUCACUGUCGCCCAAUUUCGUUUACCUGCUUUUUUCGUUCUCGACACCAUCCGAAUCAUUGAACGCCAGUUCACGAGCCUCUAAGAUAUAUACUUUACGUGAUACAAGCGCACGGCCGCGUAAACUCUAAUUAUGUGAUAAACGGAGGACGGCAUCCUCCCCGUCUCCCUUGCCCCAGCCUUCCAGUUAAUUUUAUUCGGAAUGCGAUUACGCGCAACCAACUUUCCCUCCGUUUUUGCGAUAAAUCAAGGUACAAUCGAGCCUUUCGUUUGUACUGCUUUCCGAUAUUUCAAUUGUUACGACGGCAGAUUGAUAAAAGAUCUCUGCGCAAAUGUUCGAUUCCAUUUUGAACUGAAGCGGAGAAAAGAAUGAUCAUUUUUUGUCUCAAUUCUUUAAAAAUAUCCUUCGGUUUUGACUAUUCUGCGCACGAAGGAACGCUUUCCAAAUUCCAAUACUGUUUUCAUUUGUCAAAUCAAAAAUCGACACUUGUAUACCACGAAAUUAUUAUUAUUUGAUGAUGUUUAUGUGUUAGCUGAUGGUACAUUUACAUACCUACAUUUACGAGCGAAAAAUGUUUCAAUAUUGAAUAAACUUUACGGGACAAAAAAAUUGAUAGUUAAAGAAAUCGCCCGGCGUUGUAAAUGAUAAAGAUUUAAUUCCUAGUUGAAAAAAGUUUGCUCGCCGUAAAUUAUUGCUAAGCUUCAACGCUACGGGUCAGGUGUAUGUAUAGCUUCAAGCAACGAACGGAUAAUUUUAAUUAAAAAGAAAGCUUUUGAUUAUUAAUCAUGUCUGUUGGCGGGCAAUGACCUUUCAAAAGCAGUGUCUUAACGUUCGUGUCAUUUGAUGCACAAGUGACUCUUUAAUCCUUUUAAUCUCUCAUAUUACACUAUCAUUACACUCAGGCACACGCACGUAUAUCACCGAUUGUCUUUCCUGAUCCAAUAGAAAGUUGCACGAAAACCAGUCAACCGUCGGCAGUGAGAAAAAGAGGAGGGAAAGGAAACAAGGCAACAUCUUGGUGAGAGCAAGGCGCCGUCCUUCCAUUAUAGGGUAAAUUUUAGCUGUCCCAUCAGUUUAUUAAUCUUGAUAACUUCAUUAACUUUAUUUUUCAUUCUACGUCAUGUCAUUACAUAGUAAUUGUAUUCUAUGGACAGAAGCAUUACUCUUUAGCUCGUAGAAAAGAAUAUUAUAUAUAUAAAUAAUUAUGUGUAUAACAUGAUUAACACAUAUACAUACAUACAUACAUAUAUACAUACAUACACAUAUGCCGGAAGCGUGUAGAUACAUGUAAUUUUUUGUCUGUUCCUCGCGCAUUAAAAUGAUAAGUUUUUUCUUGUAAUGACAGCGUACAUUGUUAAAUUGACGAUACCAGUUGUUGUAAAAAGCAACAGAGGGACCAAUCGAUUAUCCAGGACUGCCAAAUAACGGAGCGUUUCUCUUUUUUUUUUUUUCUUCGAUUCUAAUGGUAGGUUAUCGAUAGAGCACAAAAUUUCAGAGAGACUGCGUGCACUUUUUGCAUUCGUAUCAAACAAGAGAUUUUAGCGUUAUUUUCAUAAAAAAAAUUAAUAAAAAAUGAAAACGAAUGAAUGAAGGAAUAUUUUGUGCAAUUACCUAGUUUUCUAAGGUCUUUCGACUUGAGGAAAGUAAUGGCUUCAUUCAUAUAUCUAACUAUAAUACUGCCGAGCGUAGGUGUAAUGCAAUAAAUGCGAAUAUUGCUACGUAAGCGUUUAGAUUUUUUUUUAUCUUCGCUUAGUCUGUUGUAAGAAGCCAAGGAAUACGAAACGCCAAUGAAGCGCUUCUUUUUUUGCCUUUCGCUAUACAGUAACAUUAGAUUUUACGACUAAAGAGAAUCAAAUUUGUAGCUAUCAUUUAACUGUUAUCGCACUGUAAUUGCCAUGUCACUCGAGCUUAAUCGUACGUAUUAUAUCUUUUAUGAUUUUUUUAAAUCCGGGAGAGAAAGUUAUCUAAUUUCGUCAAAAAUCGAGUGGAAAUUGGUAAUGUUUCUGAUGGCACAGUUAGUAAGCUCUGACAAUAAUUAAUAUUUAAAAGUAAAGCAUAAAAGCAGUAGCAAAAAAAAUGCGUAUAUUGGUAUGUGUGAGCGGAAUUUCAUAUGAAAAUUGGCGACUACAUAAGAAAUAACGCAGUGGUCAUGUCGCAUCUGCCACUCGUUACUAUCUUUCGUAAUUAAAUGAAGUGCUCAAAGUUAAGGGCUUUUGGCUUCAAAAGUACACGUAGCACACGCUCGUAUAAACAUCAUAUUUAAAAUCUAACCAGUUUAGCCUCUUUUUGGUUUGUCAAGUUUAUUUGUUUUUCUUUUCCUUUCUUUUCAAUAAAAAUUAUGAUUUUAUCAAUGAUUUUGUCACUUAUGAUUUAUUGUCCUGAUCCUAAAGAAAAGAACGUCGCGGUAUCUGCCUACGUCACCGUGGUAAAUUAUGUAAUGGCGA